AUGGCCAUCUCUACCCCUCUUCGAUUUGUUCCUGAGGACGGUGUAUUCGCGUUGAUGACCAUAGACCCUGUGGCAUCUCUCGAAUGCCUCCAUGAUCCAGAAGCGCUUGCAAUGGCCGCCUCGCUUACCUUCAAUGAUUAUCUGGUCUUUGUUCCUGGUACCAACCAAUCCAGAAAUCUCGAAGCCCCCUACCGUGAAGAGGUUGUUCACUUUGUCCUUCCACAGCGCCCAAACGACGUUCCCGAGAGAUUCAUUGACGCGGCCAUGUCAGUCCCCAUCCACCCAACCCUUGACGAAACACAUCCGGAGCGGGAGCCUCUGGAAACGUUGGGGGAGUUUCCUUGGCCAGGGUGCUUCCUCUCGCCUUUCAUCGGCGCGACAGUCCGUACCAGAAUAAUGCUGAGCGUUGACCCGAUUGUGUGCGAGCUUGCGCUGUCGCAGCGGAAACGUUGGAAGCGGUACGAAAAGGAGGAUAGACACCGCCAAGCAGACAGAGAAGUUGAAGUUGCGCGUUCAAUUUGGUCCUCGACGGACUCGGGCUAUGAAUCUGACUCUUUUGGAACAAUCACCAAUAACAUCAACCUUUCUUGCGGGAGUGUUGGCGCCGACAAGCACUCUCUCAUUGAUGGAGGCCAUAUAGAGCUCGAGUUCGCGCCAAUCGGACUCGGAGAGGGUGAAUUGGAUAUCCCACUAACAGUAACCUUUACACACGACUUGAAACGGAUGGAGGAGAUGAGCGAUCCCUUCGAAUUUUUCCUCGAGAAAGAAGCCCUGGAGCGCAUCGGGCGUGAGGCCUUAGAACGUAAUAAAAGAGAGGUUGGAUCUAGGAAAAUAAAGCAAAGCCGUAUUCUACCCCUUCAAGUAGAAUUUUGCGAUCAAUCGGGCCGGAUGCCGAGAUUCCUUCCUUCUCUCUUUUCGACCGCCGCUGUUGCCCUCGUCGCAUAUCUCUACCUUGUGUGGACUAGCAAAGAAAUGGCUGCAAUUGCGCCUCUCAAGUCUCUCGUUGUCCCCGCCCUCUCCAAACACACUGCCACUGUCAUCUUCGUUCACGGACUCGGAGACUCGGGUUUGGGAUGGCAACCUGUAGCAGAGAUGCUCAAUAAGGAGCUGCCCCAAGUCAAAUGGGUCCUGCCGAACGCCCCGACGAUGCCUGUAACCGCCAACGGCGGCAUGGUCAUGCCUUCGUGGUUCGACAUCCUUUCAUUUGGCUUCGACUCGAAGGAGGACAGGGAGGGCAUGCUCAAGACGGUCUACUCACUCAACCAGCUCAUCUCGGCCGAAGUCGACGCCGGCAUUCCCGCUAACCGAAUCGUCCUUGGAGGCUUCUCCCAAGGAGCCGCAAUGACCCUUCUGACGGGCCUCACUGGCGAGCGCAAACUGGCCGGGCUGGCGGUCCUGAGUGGAUGGUUACCAUUGCGCGCAAACUUCAAAUCCAUGGUCUCUGACCACGCAAAAUCAUAUCCGAUCUUCUGGGGUCAUGGCGCGGCUGACCCACUUGUUCGACACGAUUUGGCCGUUAAAUCAGUUGACUUUUUACGCGAAUCCAUUGGCUUGAAUACCUCCCCCCGCUGCAGGAGAGCUGAUCGGGCUAUCCUUCAACUCGUAUCCUGGCGUUGA